AUGCCAAAUCCACCACCACCAUCAUCAUCACCUCCACCCACUUCUCUUUCUCUUCUCAUCACAUUCUCUUUCCUCUUCCUCUUCCCAUGUUCCUUGGUCACUCCAUCCCUAGCCAAAUCGACCUCCUACAAUGUGCUAGACUUUGGAGCCAUACCCGAUGGCACAACCGAUGCAACCAAUGCCUUUCUUAGUGCGUGGGACAAAGCUUGUGCCUCACCCAAACCCUCAAGCAUUCACGUCCCACAAGGGGAGUUCUUGAUAGGAAGAGCCGUCACGUUCAGAGGGCCAUGCUCCAACAAUGCCAUCUCCAUAACCAUUCGCGCCACCUUGCUCGCUCCUUCUCAAUACACCUUCGUCGGAAACGCUCUGCAUUGGUUCACGUUCGAUCAAGUUAAAGGGGUUUCCAUUCAUGGCGGAGAGUUUGAUGCUCGAGGAUCUUUCUUGUGGAAUUGCAAGAACAAACCCUCCCUCAAUUGCCCCAUUGGAGCCGCGAUUCAGAAUUAUGAAUCAGAAGAAACACUUGGAUUGACAAACUCUGAGCACAUUGUGAUAACUGGGUUGACUUCUCUUAAUAGUCAACUGUUUCACAUACUCAUCAAUGGAUGCCACAACGUGAAAAUUCAUGGAGUGAAGCUGAUGGCUGAUGGAAACAGCCCUAACACCGACGGCAUCCACGUCCAGUUCUCCACCGACAUCACCAUCCUCAAACCCAGAAUUCGAACUGGAGAUGAUUGCAUCUCUGUUGGGCCUGGCUCUAAAAACUUGUGGAUUGAGGAUGUUGCAUGUGGACCAGGUCAUGGGAUAAGCAUUGGAAGCUUGGGAUGGGACUUGGACGAACCUGGUGUGAAAAAUGUGACAGUUAUAAAGACAACAUUCUCUAAAACUCAAAAUGGUUUUAGAAUAAAGUCGUGGGGAAGACCUACCAGUGGAUUUGUGGAGGAUGUUCAUUUUGAACAUGCAAUCAUGAGUUAUGUUCAAAAUCCCAUUCUAAUUGACCAAAAUUAUUGCCCUUAUCGCACUGGGUGCCCUAGUCAGGCCUCUGGGGUGAAGAUCAGUGAUGUUUCGUACAAAGACAUUCAUGGAACAUCUGCAACUCUUGUUGCUGUGAAAUUUGACUGCAGUGCUGAGGAGCCAUGUGAAAGAAUAACAAUGGAGGACGUGAAACUCUUUUACAAGAACCAACCUCCUCAAGCCAUGUGCAAUCACGCUGGUGGAACCACAAUCGGUGUAUCCUUCGUCGUCCCUCCCUCAUUCUCCACAAGAAAUUCGUCAUAA